CCACCCCCAGAUGCUCCCUGCCAGCCUUUGGGAUCCACCGCCCGUGCGGAGCGGUCCCCCAUCCCCAUCGUGGGAGAAGCCGGGGUUUUGCUGCCAGGUGGGCGAGGAGGGGAGCAGCGAGGCGUGCGGGGCCGGUGGGCUCCUCAGCGGCGCCGGCGAUGAGCCGUGAGCGGUGGGAGCCGGCUGCGCAGCCCAGCCCAGGCUGCGGGCUUGAGGCUGCUCCGGGGUUUUGCUGGAUGCGAGAGCUGCUCUGAGCUGCGCUGCUGCUGCCCGGAGAGAGGUGGGGAGGGGAGGGGUGUCGAGGUGUGACUUUCACCCCGCGCAGGGGGCUGUCUCUGAAGAAGACCGCUCUGCUCUCUCCCCAGAGCCUCUCCCAGCACGCUGUCGGCACAGACCCACCAGCAGAGAGGACAGGUCAAAGGCAUGCCAGCUUUUCCAUGAUGCCUGGCCAGUAACAUCAGCCAUGACCUGGAGGGACAGGGACAAGAGGUAGUUUGGUCUUCUUAGCGAGGUCAGCCCGGAGCUCUGCCUGUUGAGGAGAGACCUUCAGAGGUGUUGAAUGAUGAGUGCGAUAAUGCCAACUCCUGCCACUCCAUGGUGAGCUGUGAUGCCAAACUCAAUUCACUUUAGACCUGAAGCUGGACUUAAGCCACGGUCCUGGUCUUAGAAGGAAAUGCUGUCUCUCCUCUGUGAUCAUCCCUCAACUCUGAACGUCUUCCACUGAAAAACUGACCUUCCGCGCUAGGAGGCAAGGAUCAAAUGGGUUGAGAACAACCGGCCCUCCUUUUUUUUUUUUUUUUUUCAGAGGAUUCUUUGAUAGAUUUUUUUUUUAAAUGCCAGGACAUGAAACAGUAAAUCCCUCCUUCCUGCACUCCUGCCUCCUGCAAACAGCCCCGACUGCUGUCCAAGCCAGCCAGUUAAAGGGUUAACUAUAACUGGAUGCCUGAAUGGCUGCCUUACUGAUUCCACGGAGGAACAGAGGGAUGAGGACUCGCCUGGGCUGCCUGUCUCACAAAUCAGACUCAUAUAAUGAUUUCACAGCUAUUCUUCCGGACAAGCCCAACCGGGCUUUGAAAAGACUGUCGACAGAAGAAGCAACAAGAUGGGCAGACUCUUUUGAUGUCCUUUUGUCCCAUAAAUAUGGGCUGGCUGCUUUCCGUGCUUUCCUGAAGACAGAGUUCAGUGAGGAAAACCUGGAGUUCUGGCUCGCCUGUGAGGACUUCAAGAAGACCCGCUCAGCAGCCAAGCUGGCCUCCAAGGCUCAGCGGAUCUUCGAGGAGUUCAUCGAUGUGCAGGCUCCUCGAGAGGUGAACAUAGACUUCCAGACACGGGAGCUGACAAGAAGAAAUAUGCAGGAACCCUCCCUCUCUUGCUUUGACCAAGCUCAGGGGAAGGUGCACAGCCUGAUGGAGAAAGACUCUUACCCCAGGUUCCUGAGAUCCAAAAUUUACACAGACCUGCUGUCUCAAACCCAGAGGAGGCUCAGCUAGAGCAGCAAUGGGGCCCUCAGAAACCAUGUGCUUCCCACAACAGCCAAAACCGAUGUCUAAAUGUGAAACUCUCUUGGUGUUAAAAGCAGCGGGAAUGGGAAAAGAGGGAGAAGGGGAAGGGGAGGCUUCCAGAGUGUGAUCCAGAUGCGGUAUUAGAACUCUGAGAUUCUGUGAUAUUUUUUUUUUUUCUUUUUUUCUUCUGGUUAAUGGUAGCAUCUUGCAGUUCUUGCCUCUCUCUAGCACAAACCCAUAAUCCUCUCUAGUCACAGGGUCAUCUGUGGGGAAAGCAGGUUUCCUUUAAAAUUACUACGUUGGUUUGUGCGUAAAUAAUGCCACUGCAUCUUUUCCAUCCUUCCAGACAUCUUUUAGAAGGGCCCUAAGGGCGGUUCUGACACUUGUGAUAUCAAAUCCAGUCCAAAGCGUUGUCUCACACGCUGGCUGCUGGUGUCUGGAUCCAGAGACCGUGAGGAGGGAAAGAGGGAAGGGAGAGAGAAGGCAAAGGCACAUGAAUCAUGCCACUUCACGGAGCAGAAACCAUCAAUGAACUCAGCUCACUUUUUGAUUUUGGUUGCACACCUUAUGACACCAGCUGCUACCCUGUCACAGCCCCUUAUCUUCCAGGGGUGGAGGAGUUAUUUUCCAUAAGACUGUCGAGAAGCUGAGUUUUUCUCAUGAGGAAGGUAAUCCCAAAAGUUCUCGCUAGACUUUGUCGGGCAAGUCUUCUAGUGUGAAUGAUUGUUUUUCAUUAAUACUAUUUAUUUGUACUGUAGUUCAGCCUGGAGGCCCCAGUCGUCACUGAGGCUCCGUUGUGCUAGGCACAGUACCAAAACCUAACACAGAGAAGCUCCUGGCCGCCACAGACAUUAACAGGCUUGGUGGCUUCUUGGGAACAACCUGCCAGCUGUUGGGAAAGAGUCGAGAGAAGGAAUGUCUCAUCUGCCCCACGCUGAGGUGUAAGAAGAGCACAAGACCUCUCUGCUAUGGCAGAUAACAUUUUUCCUGUAGUACCUGACCCGUGCGUGGCAGGGAGAGGUAACCUGCAAAAUCACAAUUGCAUUAUCUUUGUUAUUUACUGAUUAUUGACUGUUGUCGUUACCUACCGAUUGUCCACUGUGGGUUCAAUGCCAUGCAAAGAACUACUAAAGACACAGACCCUGCUGCAUGGUGCUUGCUUAAAAACAGGACCCGGGGGAGCAGUGUCCAGGUGUGAAGUGCUCUUUGGCCCUGUUCCCAUAGCCUAGAUAGCCAGCCACAGGAGAAGGUUCUGUGUGGCACCUCCUCUGUGCUGUGCAAGGACACGUACCAUCUGAAGGCUCCAUUCCCAUGGCACCGCUGACCCAGCUCAUCGGCUGUCAGAUCCUUGCAGUAUUCUCUGGUGGAGAUGCAGACAGCCCAUCCGUGGAGUGGAGCCUACAGACCAGAGGUCUGUUUUCUUAGUUUUAUGAAGGCCUGGAAAGUGACCCCACAGAUCUUUUCCUCUCUCAGUCAUCCACAGAUUGGAGGCUGUGAACCUCUGCUCUAGUUGAGGGCGGUGGGUAGGUUUGAUGCAACAGAAAACUGAUAGUAAAGAUUUAGUGUAGCAUGGUGUAAACUAGGUAGAGUGAAUUCUAAAGGUAAGCUUAACAUGCUUGGAAUGAGAUACAAAAAGCUUGCUUGGACUUGGCAGUCUUGGGUUAAUGGUUGGAUUUGGUGAUCUUAAAGGUCUUUCCCAACCUAAAUGACUCUGUGACUCUGUGAUAUUGACUGUCUAUGCAUCAGGUAGGAAAUAGGUUUUGAGGCUUUUUGUAAGGAUGCUGUGCAGGACAUUAGGACAAACAGGUUUAGGAUCAAGAUAGAGAUGGUAAGCAAGUUUGGUUUAUUCUGGAGAUCUAUUCCUGAGGUGUCUAAGACACUAAAAUCUUUUGCAGUACAAGUGCAAAAUUUAUGCUGGGUAGGGAAACCUGCUUUUCAGUACCUUGUUGGUCAGCUCUAGAAUUCUCCAGUUCUUUGGUGGGCAAAUACCAUCUCCAGCUGACUGGCCAGAAAGAGCAGCAUGCUGUGGCAUCGUGAACCAGUGUUCCUGCUGGUCCUCCAGCCCUGCCAGGCAGCUUGAGAAGCAGGGGCUGGAGCAUGGCGAGAGAUGUUGCCACGCUCAGGCUCAACAACACAUCUUUUGGAACUGUUGAGGUAUGCCAGGUCCAUAAUGUCACGCGUCCAGAGAGACAAAGCUCCAGGUCUGGAUGUUACUUUGCAGAUCUCGCUGUGGCAGCUUCAUGCAAACUUCUUUGCUGCUUAUUUGAAGGAGGAACAAGCAAGGUCUGGAAAAUACUCCAGGUUUGCCACAAUUCAUCCAAGGGGUCUACAUUGUGCAGUAGCUCAACUGGGCACCUGUUCAUGGGCCCGUAGCUUUAUGGCAAACAAAGUACCUGGCACAGAAGGUCUAGUGGGACACGUGUCUGAGCAAACUUGUGCAAUGAUCUGGAAGAAGUCAAAGAGAAGCAAAGGAUGCAGAGCCUGCAUGCAGCGGCUGUCCCUGCGGGUAUCUGGGCUAUAGGAAAUGGAACAGAGCCAUACCACCUGCACAGCCCCCUCCUGCCAUAGGUGAAAGGGAAGGAGGAGGGCAAAUACCCCACACUGAGGUGAAACACUCUCAAUGCUUGACCUGCAAGUGAGGAUGCAAAGUCCCUGAGGGGCUGGAAGAACUCUCCUUUCUGAGAAAUACGUCUACCACGCCUGCGUAACACAGGAUGGACUGGCAUCUCUCAGGGUCACAGGCUGCUUCGGCUGGAGUAGUUACCCUUGAGACGCCCUGCAGUGCCAGUGGUACCCAGUGUCGCUGCAACCGCAAAAUGGCACAGCGACGGGUGAUCGAACCGCUGCAACGGGGCAGCUCAGCUUCCCAGUGCUGGGGCGUCAGACAAGCUGUGUUGCAAGGGACGAAGGGAGGCCACCUUGUCUGGCCCUGCCUUCCUCCGUUUCAGCCUCCUCUUGACUGCACAUGCAAAAAGCAUCCCAGUGCUGCCCUGGAUGUGAGAGACGGCAGCAGCAACAGGCUUAUGCCGUCCUUGCUUUUAAAAAGAAGCCAGAACGCCAUAUUAUCUGCCUUGUUAAAACCCACCGAUACACCUUCUGGGUGGGCUUGGAUGAUGCUGACCUCUAGUGCCAGCUGAUUCAUCCCAGACAAGGCUUUUCAGCCAAGUGCCCUGCAGCCACCCAUGGCGGUGAGGGUCACAGAGACAACCAGGCGAUGAGGAAACAGCAGAAACAAGAUAUUUAUGUUGAGGAAUGAGGAGCAGACUCAGAAGUGAGGACAAUUCCCAGACUUCCCUGACGGCUACAACAGCUGGUCCUGUUCAGAGUGUGGCUCUGGGAAGCCCAGGAGGUAGCAUCUCUCAGCAAGCUCCUCCAGCAUUGGUGCUGUCAUCCUGAAUUUCAGUUUGUGUCAGAACACAAAAAGUUUUGGGAAAAACUUCAAAGUAGCCAACACGCUGUGAAAACCAAGCUCCCCCCUCUCCUCCAUCGACCUGGGGAAUUGCUUUGAGUGGGUGCACUCGCAGAUGCCAUUGCUGCAAUGCUGACAGGAACUGCAUUGAUGCUGGUUGAUGUAGGAGAAGUUUUUUGCCCGUUAAAUUGGUGCCAGAUAAUAUCCUCCAUGGGAAACAUCCUGGAGCACAGAGUGGAGCAAAAGUAUCGUCUGAGGCAUAUGAGUCUGUCAUGGUUAUUUUUGUUGCUGCUUUUACAGUUUGUCUCUCUUGAAGGAAAGCAGACCAGUUAUUUAAAGUAAUUUUUUUCUUUUUAAAACAAGAAAUUGGCACCAGCUGCUUCUUUUAUGACAAAUGUCAGUCUGAAGUGAAUUAAAAUAGGCAGCUUAUAGCUCUUCCCCUUAAACCAGGGGCUGAUUAGGGAAAUAAUGACUGAGCCAAAGCUUCGGAAAGCACUGAGUGAUGACUAAUCCCCAUCAAGGACAAACAUCCUAUCUUUGAUUCAUCUCUUACUGAUGUGAAAGGGAUAUUCAUAACUUACAAACCCGAUUUCCCCUCUCCGCAAGCACACACCUCCAAAAUUUUCCUCCUGUUUCAAGUAAUGUCAGUGUGCACCAUCAUAUAAAGAGCAGAAAAAAAAAAUUGUUUUGCUCAGCUCUUUUUAUUCUGCUCCCAAGUCCUUUGACAGCAAAAGGGAAGAGGAGUUUACAAAUUGCCUUUCCCUUUUCUAUAAGCUUCAGGUGGUGUUAAGUCCAGAAGCAGAUGCAGAACUCCAAUCUGCUUUGAAUUUCUCCUGCUUUGGCCCAUCGGCCAAGUUUGGGAUGAUUUCCAUCGCUUGUAUUGGACUUGUUAAUGUACCGAUGGGUACCUGCCCCCCACGCUGGGCAGGUGUGAUGGGCAAAGUCCCGCUAGUCUAAGUAGGGGAGGGAAAUAGGGGUGUGUGUCUGCCGGUGUGGGUGGGUGACAGUGCAUGCGACUUUGUGUGUAUGUUAUUUAGUGUCUUCUACUAGAGAAGCUUUUCUGAGCCAUAGAUGUGCAUGUUAAAAUAGGAGAAUUAGGCAUAAUGACAUAAAAUGAGAUUUUUAGCCAGUGUUGUGUUCACCUUGUGUGUAAGUUUGACUAGUAAUAAGAGACAUAAAACUCUGCUAAGCUUCCAGUUACCCGUAAGAGCACAUGUAUCAAACUGAACUGAAUGUUCACUGAUAGACACAAAACCAAAAUGUUUACAGCAUUCAGAGCAAUAGCAAAGCAUACCUCAUGCCAGUCCUGGAGUGCCUCUCACCCGUUGCUGCAAGCUCUCCCCUCCCUGGGGGCUUCUUGCUUCUCCCUCCAAUCCCCCUUUCUUCAGUCCUGUCCUUGUGGUCUUCCUUCCUCCUCCUCCUCCUUAUGGUUUCCUCCCUGAAGCACUCCUGUCCCUGCCAGCCUUCCUCACCACCAGCACUCUUUGUCCCCAUAUAUCUGAGCCUGGGUCUCAUAACCUCCUCCCAUGCCCUUGUGUUUGUGUACCCUCCAUCCCCAUCCUCUCUUCUUUAGCUUUUACUUCUGCAGAUGCUUGUCUCUGGUCUUGCCAUCCCUCUCCUACAUGCCUCCUACUGCCACUAUAAAGCUCCUAAUAGCUGUUCCUUGCCCAUUAUAUAAGAAGAAAAUGCUUCACAUAAUUUCUGCAUUAUCUUUCAUUCCUGGGGCUGCUGCGGUUGUCUUCUUCCUUGGUAUUUUGUUUUUUUCCGGCAUUGAAGCUUUAUAGCACAGAACUGGAAUUAAAGUACAUUUUGUUGCUAGACCAGGAUGCUUUUCUCUACCCCACACACCCUGGGCUUUGCAGAGGCUUGUCUUGUCCCCGCUGUUGCAUUGUCUACUUCCAUCGGCGCUCCACGUGCCGUGCUUGUGGCAGGGGCUGGCUGGUUGAGAGGGCAGCCGUGCUGCACAGGGGCAGCGGCUGCUUUGGCAGGGUCUCAGCUGUGCUUCCUCUUAGCUUUCCGAUAUAAAAACCAGAGUGUAAAUAAAGGUGUGUGUGUUGUAUUUCCUUAGUAAAGUCAAUCGUUCUGC